UUCAUCACCUUGUUUGUAAACUUCCUGGUGGAGCUAAGUGCGUUAGCAACAACUUCGUAGUUUUGGGUAGCAAUCAUGAUGGCGUCCAGUUACAACGCCAAAGACGAAGAUGGACACAUAACCGUGUCCGGGCCCGGAGGCGGGACUCUGCGCAGCAAGAAGCCCGAGAACACGGCGUUUAAACAGCAGAGACUACCAGCCUGGCAGCCCAUUCUCACCGCGGGCACAGUGCUCCCUGCCUUCUUCAUCAUCGGACUCCUCUUCAUCCCCAUCGGCAUCGGCCUGUUCGUAACGUCCAACAACAUCAAGGAGUUUGAGGUGGAUUACACAGGCGUUGACAUGUCCAGUCCCUGUUUCAACUGCUCCCAGAACUUCAACUGGAACAGCACGAGGCCCUGUACCUGCUCCAUACCGUUCUACCUGGACCAGCCAUAUGAGAGCAACGUUUACGUGUAUUACGGCCUCUCCAACUUCUACCAAAACCACCGCCGCUACGUCAAGUCGAGGGAUGACAGCCAGCUGAACGGAGACAUUAAGUCCCUCAAGAAUCCCAGUAAGGAGUGUGAGCCAUACGCUUUUCAUGAAAACAAGCCAAUUGCUCCGUGCGGGGCCAUCGCCAACAGCAUGUUCAACGACACGUUGGAGCUGUUUUACAACGACCCCAACGGCACAAAGAUCCCGAUUCCUCUGAACACGACAGGCAUCGCCUGGUGGACCGACAAGCACGUGAAGUUCGGAAACCCCGGAGGCAACAACCCCAACCUCACGGCCGCUUUUCAAGGUACCACGAAGCCGGUGAACUGGCGCAGGCCUGUCUACGAGCUGGACGCCGAUGAGGGGAACAACGGCUUCAUCAACGAGGACUUCAUCGUGUGGAUGAGAACCGCCGCCCUGCCGACCUUCCGCAAACUCUACCGCAUCAUCAACAAGAAGAGCAGCAUGGUUCCAACUCUGGCCCGAGGAAACUACUCUCUGGAGGUCGUCUACAAUUAUCCCGUCCGCAGCUUCGAGGGCAGGAAGCGGGUGAUCCUGAGCACCAUCUCCUGGAUGGGGGGCAAGAACCCGUUCCUGGGCAUCGCGUACAUCACCGUGGGCUCCGUCUGCUUCUUCCUGGGCGUCGUCCUGCUCAUCAUCCACCACAAAUGCGGCAACCGAAACAACAGCGCCGACAUAUCCAACUGAGGUGGCGGCCACGCCCUCCAGCUCGCCUCCUCCUGCUGCAGUGAGCUUAUUCGUCCGGGUAAACGACUGGUAGAGACAUCAAAUAAAAAUGUGAUACAACGAAUUAACAUCUCCAGCAAUAUGGGUAUGUUAGGGUUUAAAAUUGCUAGACGCUGGCUGAUUAUCUGCCAAAGUGAAUGAAAAAGUGGCCAAAUAUUUGAUGCCACAGUCAACGUCUUAACAGCUUUUAAAAGAUAUUCACUCCCGGCAACCACGAGUCACACUGACGUCUAUCCCUUUUAUCUGCCUUUCUAAAAUAAAAGAAUUCACCCAUCGUUCCUAAUAGGGUCGGGGAAGGUUAGUUAGCAUGUUUGGUAUGUUUAGAGAAUUAGACCUACUGUAGAAUAUGACUGCAGGGAGAGUUUUAAGAGGUUCAAUACAUAGUCUAUAGCUGCAUACAAAUUAUACAUAUUAAUAUAACACUUCCAUGCUGUAUGAACAGUAACAGACUGGCCAUCUGGAAUAUGGGCAAAUGCCAGA